GUGGAUAAAGAAAGAUGAAACUGAUGAAGUAGAAACUGAGUUACACUUCAUAGCCCAAGAUUAUCCAUGCAGCAUGAAUGUAAAAGAAGAGUUGGAGGAGAGUGUGAAUAAAGAGUUUCUUGAAGACCCAUUAAAGGCCUGCGACUCUAGUGUUUGCAUAAAGCAAGACCCCGAACUGAAACACCGUGCUGCUGGAUCUGAGCAUAAUUCUGUUGAAGAUCCAUUGGGAAUAUCUUUGUCCACUGAUUUUAUCAAGGAGGAUCCUGAAUUAAAUAUAACUGAGAAUACUUUUCUUGAAGACCCAUUAAAGGCCUGCGACCCUAGUGUUUGCGUAAAGCAAGACCCCGAACUGAAACACCGUGCUGCUGGAUCUGAGCAUAAUUCUGUUGAAGAUCCAUUGGGAAUAUCUUUGUCCACUGAUUUUAUCAAGGAGGAUCCUGAAUUAAAUAUAACUGAGAAUACUGUGGAAACCUCAAUAAGAUGUGCAUCUGAUAGUGCAAGGAAAAAUAUCAUGCAGAAAUAUCCUCAGAGGUAUGAACUGAAGUCAUGGUAGCGUCGAACAUUGUACAUCAGCUGGUUCCUAUUGGUGAAGUGACAACACAGUUCUUCAGGUGGCCUUAAAUCACCAAGAGCUC